UUCAGCCUCAAGGGGCGGACCGUUCUCUCUGUGGGCUAAGGUUUUAGAUCGGAAGUAAUUCGUCUGCGCGCAAGGAAGAAAGUUGUUUACAAACAGAAGAGAAAGUUGGACAUGUAGCUAACUCGAGACAAACAGUUACGAAAUAGCCUAGAAGAAUGCAUCUCCCAAGUUUUACACUCAUGGGUUUUUACUUUAAGUAGCUGAGUAAGAGGAGCACGUGUGUAUGGUUGCAGGUGUGAGAACACACCCGGGGUCAGAUGUCAGGGAGGAUGUCAGAGGAAGGGGGCAAGCUGACGCUGAGGCGUCUUGAAGGGCCAAUCAACAAGUUCACUAAAGUAGCCCUGCCGACAGACCUAGAAAGACUACAGAGACACCACAGCAAUAUACUGAAGUUCCAGCAUAGUGGACAAUGGGAUCGCCUUCACCAGGAGCACAUCAAUGCCAGCCGCACUGUGCAGCAGUUGAGGGCUAAUGUUAGAGAGAUGGAGAAGCUGUGUGGACAUAUCCGCCCGGAGGACGGCCCAGCCCUGGAGAGGCUGGUUCAGCCAAUCAGAGACCGAGCAUCUGCUGCCGUGCAAGACUUCCUACUCCUGCAUUCUAACCCCGCCCCUCUGCCACAGGCACCACGCCUCCCAGACCACUCAUCCUCAGGUGGUUCCCAUGGUGAUGAUGUGGGCAGGGAGCCCCCUCCUGUUAAUCAAACGCAGCUCCUCCUCCCAGUGAUCCCCCUCAAUGAGAGUGCUGCUGAGUCCUGGGACACUCUGGAGGAGGACCUGAAGGAGCUUAGCGGUUUGGUGACAGAGUUCUCUCUGCUGGUCCAUUCCCAGCAGGAGAAGAUUGACAGCAUAGAGGAGAACGUCAUCACAGCAGCAGCCAACGUGGAGGAGGGGACCAGGAGCCUCGGGAAGGCGGUGGGCUACAGGCUGGCAGUGUUACCCGUGGCGGGGGCAGUGUUAGGGGGGGUGUUGGGUGGGCCGCUGGGCCUACUGGUGGGGUUCAAGGCAGCGGGGGUGGCAGCAGCGCUUGGAGGGGGGGCUCUGGGGUUUGCAGGGGGGAACCUGGUCCAGAAGAAACGCAGAGCUAGAGUACAGUCCCAGAUGAACCAGCUCACUGCACCCCCUACGGAACCAGAACCACCGCUGGACAAGGACAAGUGACCUCUGAUUGGUCGUGAAGGGACCUCUGACCUCCAGAAGCUUACACUGGUCCUGGUACUGCCCGACUAUAUUGCAGACGCAUGCUAGACCUUAUAUAUCAGCUAACCACAUCAUAUGAUAUAGCAAUCUGAUGCACAGUUGAAGUGGCGCACAACCAUUGGUUGAUGCAAUGCAACGCCUGUGCAUCUAGUCGGGUAGGAACUCAACCUAGAUAUCCCUCAGACUAACUGGCUGUCCACUCUAACAAUCAGUUGUUUGACCAAUAGAUUUGCUCUCUUUACUGUGGUAAUAAGGAACUCCUCCUCCUUCUCGCUGCCAAUAGACGGAGGAGAGAGGUCUGUCAAGAGAGGCCUACUGUGAAGAGAAGCCUGCCACUGGGAUCUACCACUUCCCAAUCAAUAAGACUUUUAAACAUUGUAGGAGAGCCUUGAGGACCUGAGUGUGAAAGGGAGGUGUGAAUGCUGUGUUAGUUGAGUGUGAUGUAUGUAUAUAUGCUGGGUCUGUUGGCUUUGUAUUUAACACUUUAAAGUAACUGUCCAGUGUUUCCAGAUUUCUAUUAAAUAUGAGCUACACAUUUUUACAAUAUAAAUGAAAUAGUUUUCCUUCCAAAACCUUUUAAAUAUGUUAAAAAGCAGCUUUUCUGUGUUGGAAUGGUGUGGGCGUAUACUGAUCUUAAAAAUAUUCAUGUGAGUGGAUCGCUGAUUGGCCAGCUCAUCCUCCUUAGGAUGACGGCAAGUUGAGAUACAAGUUUGUUUUUUGUUUUCUACAAUUAAUAUUUUGGCCACAAAUACAAGUAUAGGAUGAGUCAACAUUAUUUGGGUAUGAGAUUACAGAACUUUCACUGCACAGUUACUUUAAGUGUAUGAUUAUAUAUUAUGAAAAGAUGUGCAUUAUUAGUAGCAAACACUACAGCCUGCCUAGUUUUGUAACAUAAGUCCUGCUGUUUGGUGCCUUUUAGUACAGACGGAGAGACGGUAGUUUUAUUAAAGUCAUGUUAUUAUGUGUUUCUUGGACGGACUUGUCUUAACUUCCCUCAGUCUUUAUCAAAUACACACUGUGCCAAAGCCAGACAUUGCCUGGGUCGAGCAGUCACCCAUCUCUCUAGUUUAUGAACUUAUUGAUGUUUAUCUGAGUCUGCCAAUAUGUCUGCUGCUCUGCUUAGAGUAUACAGCUCAUUAACAGAGGGAGAGAAGAGAGAGGGAGGUAUAAACAGCAGUAAAUGUCAAGACUGUGUCCUGGUCUGAACCCUGCUGGAGAGGAGAGGCCUGCUCCCUCUGACAGACUGGAAUGUGUCAAUUUGACAGACUGGGGAGCAGAGAAUAAGAGUGAGUGAUUGUGAUUGAGAAAGGUUAGGAGGAUAAACACAGCUGUCCUGGGUGUACCAGGUAGAAAGUUGUGAUGAGUGAGGCCAAAGUGUUCCUUCUUAAAAGUGCCACAAGAGAAACGGGUCACACUGAUGUCAUCUACUACAACAGUAGAUGACCUCUGAACUCAGACCGGAACCAACUAAAUAUGGAUGCUCUUAAUCUAUGUGAUGAUUUACUGGGGUUUUAUAUUGCCAAAGAAAACCAAUAAAAUCUGCUUCUGAUGAA